AUGGCAUCAAAAGGCAGUUACAAGAAAAUCUCUUGUGAUGAAGAUAAAAAAGUCAGUUUUGUAUCUUCACUUUUUUAUCGUUGGAUGAACGGAGUCCUUAAGGAGGGCAGUCAAAGACCUUUGGAUCAAAAUGACUUUUUACCCUUGUCAGACGAGAACUCUGGCCGUUUUGUCACCAACAAGCUUAAAAAAAUCUGGGAAAGCGAGAAACAUCAUUGCAAGAUGAAUGGGAAAAGGCCCAAACUUUGGAAAAGCGUGUUUUACAUGCUUUCUGCCAAAGAUGUUAUCAUCAUUUUGAUGGGGAAUAUAUUGUGCACAACUUCUCGCCUUCUCUUUCCACUGUUCCUGGGGUAUCUUGUUUCUAAGCUUAUGUCAACUGAGGCAGAGAAUGCUUAUCGGCUCUACGCCUGCGCAUUAGCUAUGUGUCUCAAUGGUUUGAUCGGUGGUCUUGGUAUGCACCAGGAUAGCUACAGAUGUGAAAUAUUGGGGAUCAAAAUAGGAAGCGCCCUGAGGGGACUGGUGUACCACAAGGUAGGCACGAUCCUAAAGAGUAUUCUAUGCACUUGUCAUAGGCUCAACUGAUUUUUCUAAUACCCUAAACACUCCAAACUAAGCCGAAAAAACACCUUUAUCUAUCCGACCCAGAAAUAAUUUUUUAGGCUUUUCUCAAAAGGCCACGCUUCUUAGCGAGAUUCAAAAUGGCGCCUUAGUUGUGGCUCUUUUUCACAUUUAAAGAUAAUUUGGUAGAGUUUUGUUUACUCUCGUCUCGAAACGCAGGAACGGAUGUCUUUAUGCCGUAGAUUAAAAUCAUAUGGUUUAUGGAACAUACUUCUCUAAUGUCUAAUAUGUACUCUCUUUCAGACACUUCUACUCAGCAAGCAGACGUUACUGAAAUUCACUGCAGGACGUUUACUCGACCUGAUAUCCAAUGAUGUUAAAAGAAUGGAAGAAGAGACAGUCAAGUUUUUUGUCGCAGCCGUUUUCGCAGUCCCUGCUUAUGUAGGGGCAAUAUUCCUUAUCUACAAUUUGAUUGGCUGGCAGGCUGUUAUGGGUGUGUUCCUUCUUUGUUUUCUUAUGCCAUACUUUGCCGUCUUGUCCUAUGCUAAUGCUAAGCUGCGCUUGCGCACAGCUACAGUGUCCGAUCAGCGAAUCUCCCUAAUGAAUCAAGUAGUUUCCGGGAUCCGCGCGGUCAAAACGCAUGCAUGGGAGGACGAAUAUAGACGAAAGAUAAAACAUGUAAGAAGGUAAGGUAAAUUGUCAGUUUUUAUCAGAAGUGGGCUUAAACAACUAUCUGUAUUCAUCCCCUUGAUUGUUGACCUAAAUUAUUCAAAAUCCACAAAUAUGUUUUGUCUCCACUGAGAGCUUUAUUAGCUAAGCAGUUCAAACAAAAAAAGUGUCUCAUGUAACCCAUUUCAUAACCAUAGGACUGGCCGGUCAGUUAAUAAAUAUCAGUAUCUACUGAGUAGAAAGUGUUGAAAGUGUACUCUGAUUGGCUACUCAAACUCCGAAUAUCCUUUGCAAUUCAUCUUCGAGCGACUCGUUCGGGAUUUGCACCCGAAAAUAUUGUAAUCGUUUUUACUUCAGUGUCGGUGAAAAAGGGUGGUUAUCACCUCCACUUCGGAGCAUAAUUGUUCGUUAUCAUAGGUAGAACAUCUCAUUGAGUCUAACUUGAAUUCAGUUAGUAUUAUUUCUCAUGCGCUGUCGUGGGUUCGCAAAAGACGCACUUUCACGAAGAAGUGAACGAUGAGGAAGGGUGCGCUUGCUGCCCGCUCACCUCCUAUAUAUUUCAAAUUAGAGAGAACACAUAGGACGAAUUGGUUCGACAGAAUGCCCACAUAACUGAUGAACAACUUUUAUCUGCAGAAAUGAAAUCAGCGUCAUUUCGAAGAGGACAGCCAUUCAGUCAAGUAUUGAUGCCUUGUUAUACAGUGCAACGCCAUUGGCCACUCUGGUGUCAGUAAUUAUUAUGGUGCUUACAGGCCAGACCCUCACGCCCGCCAAUGUUUUCAUGCUGCUGUCGUUUAUGGGUGUUAUCAAAUUUAGUGGUAUGGUGAACAUGACAUCAGGUUUAAUGGUAACGUAUGACGCCUACGUUUCGCUCGGAAGAAUCGAAGAAUUCCUUCUCCUGGAAAAUCUGUUGCAAGCCUCUGAGAGUGAUGUAAGCAACGAGCCUCAACAAAAAGCGAAAAGUACCGCAACUUACCUCAGUCGCAGUUACUUGAAAAAAGAAGAGGAAAAUACGGAGAAAGUUUCCCUCUCUCGUGAGUCAAGAGAAUUAGGGCCUACUAUAUUAUGUGUGUCAAAUUUAAGCUACGCAAAAACGCAUCAUGAAGAUGAAUUUAUUCUUGAGGAUAUCAACUUCUUUGCACCUUCAAAGAGUUUAACAGUCAUCACCGGCCCGGUUGGAAGUGGUAAGUCUACUCUGCUCUCAGCGAUCGCUGGUGAAAUUUGGAACACCAUUGGGACGAUUGAUUAUCAAGGGUCUGUCAUUUACUUACCUCAGACUGCUUGGGUGUUUUCGGGAACGGUAAAAGAAAACAUUCUGUUUGGUCAACCCUUCGAGGAGUCCAAGUACGAAAUAAUAAUCGACGCCUGCGCUCUGAAAGAAGACUUUCAGCGGUUACCUGAUGGUGACCAAACAGUUGUUGGAGAACGCGGAGAGGUUCUGAGUGGAGGACAACAGGCGAGAGUAAGUUUAGCUCGUGCAGUUUAUGCUGAAGGAGAUAUUUAUCUAUUGGAUGAUCCACUGAGUGCUGUCGAUUUUAAAGUUGGCCAACACAUCUUUAACAAGUGCAUCAAAGAUCUACUGGGCGAUAAAAUCGUCCUGUUUGCCUCUCAUCAGCAACAGCACAUGGAAAAUGCUGAUGAAGUGAUUGUGUUGUAUAAAGGGCGUGUCCUCGACAAGGGACGCUUUACUGAGCUGCAAGAAAAAGGUGUAAUCAAUUCAACUGUUGACCCGCUCUGUAAAGUAGCUCUGAAGGACAAAACGGACUCAUCUGAGCCGUUCUGCUGGGAAGAUAAGGAGGAACACGAUGAUGCUGAAAAGUGCCAGAUAAUACAUCCCCUGACCAAUGAGGCGAAGAGUUUGGAGAUAGCACGGGAGGAUCGGGGAAUCGGAGUUGUGACAUCCAGGCUUUAUUGGGACUAUUUCAGAAGUGGAGCACAUCCUUUGAUGCUAACUGGAAUGGUUGGUUUAAGUCUCAUUACUCAAGGUAAACUUAUUGUUUGAGUGAGUUACAAACCUUGGGUCAGGCUCUAACAGGGGAAACAGCAACCUUUUUUCUAUAUUUCGUUUCUUCUAUUCUUUUAUUCUGUUUCGUGCAAAUAAUUUCACAAUGGCUAUGCUUUUAACCAAGAAUAAACGUUCUUUUUAGAUUAGCAGGUAGCGUUAAGAGACACUGCACAAAUUUCUGACCAUGUUUCCGAUAUCUCACUUGCUCGUACAAGCGCGAGGCAAGCGGGAGUGAAUGGCGAGUUUCGCGCGAAAGGAAGAGCUGGUGUUUUUCUCCUCGCGUUUGCCUUACACUUGCCUCCACUCGCAUGAAAAGGUCGAAAAACCACUCGCUCUACAGACUAACUCUUUGAGACCAAAAGCAGUUUUUUAAAUAAUAUUUAUGUGUGACAUGGUUAACUACCUCAUCUAUUCUGUGACGUUGUGGUGCUUGCAUAAACAUCCCCAAGACGUUAACGGUAGUAGGUAAUCCAGGCGAGUUGUGUUUGGGCCCAAUAAAUCUUACAAUGUUCAACUGAGUGAUCAUACAAAAGUAAAUUUCAACCACCGCAUUUUAAUGGUAUUUCUUUCAGCCAUCAUAGUUGCUCCAGACUUGUGGCUUUCGUUUCUUGCAAGGCUAAACCCAGAGGAUCAGAAGAACAAGACUUAUCUAUCUGUCUUCGCCUGUCUGGUUGGCGCGUGUUUUAUAUUUACUAUCGUUCGGGCUCACGGAUUCUUCCAUGUUUGUCUGAAGUGCGCCGAGCGUCUUCACGAUAAAAUGGUUGUGGCCAUUUUACAAGCACCUGUCCUGUUCUUUGAUUCUAAUCCAGUGGGAAGAAUCCUAAAUCGUUUCUCCAAUGAUAUUGGCUGCGUAGAUGAGAUGUUACCCAAAACAUUCCUGGCGGCAAUGCAGAUGCUCUUGGUGAUAUUUGGCCAAAUUCUGGUAACAGUUGUCACAAAUGUUUGGCUGAUGUUUCUUGUUGUUCCAAUUUCCAUGUUGGUCGUUUUUCUAUCCAAUUAUUACUUGAAGACUGCCAGAGAACUAAAGAGGUUAGAGUCGAUAUCCCGAAGCCCAGUGUUCGCUCAUUUUUCGGAGACCCUGAUAGGACUGGACACGAUUCGUACGAGAGGAAGACAGACAGAUUUUGUGGAUGCACUCUACAGGUAUGUCAGAGACAUUGAUUCAGUUUGUGGUGUCAGAGCCGAUAAAUGCACAGGGCAAUAGUGACUCAUAGUCGCUCGUUUUCUGUGAGCUAUUUUUUUAAUUUGCCGGCAAUACGCGAAAUGGCAUGACGUGUCUUUUGUAAUCCUAUCCGGUACGUGCUGAGACACUGGUCAGCAAGUGGACCUUUCGGCACCAGGCACGGUGGCGAAACGAAGCUAUCCGAAAGAGGCACGAGGGGUAUUACCAGUUGUGAGACUACAGUAAUUGCUCUGUGCGGUUUUCAUCCUUCUGAUAGGGUUUCAACAGUCGCAUAAUAUGAACCGUCAAUCAACAAGAUCGCCUGACGUAGAAAUUUCACAAUUAGUCGAAACUAUAACAAAUGUAUGAAACGUAUAAGCGAUGUUAGUUUCUUUCUCUAAUUUUGUCACAGUUUUGAUCAAUUGGUAAGAGAACGUCAUGUCGUGCAAUUCUGCCUUUAAUAAUACUCGUGAUUAAAAAAGUCAGACUCCCGCCUCGCAGUCGUCCCCUUUUGUUAAUCACUCGUAUGAUUACUGGCCGAAUUGGACUCCACUCAGUCCUAUUACCAUUAUGAGUUUAAUUAACAGGAAAUACAGACGAGUGCCACUCGUCUUCUACUUCUGAUAAAUGUUAUACUUAGCAUACAAGAUGUAGUUGUGAUAGUGAACAAUUAAGAACGGGUCUGUUUUUGGCGAAUUUACCAUUUUUAAUGGAAAAGUAUUCAUAUCGUUAAGAAACUCGGCUCUAGCGGCUCUCACUUCAUCUGGACGAAUGGAGCAUACCUAAGAAUGAGAUGUGGUUACGGAAGUGAUCUUUCGGAUACUUAGCAAGAAGCUUACGGAUGUUCCUUGGAGAGUAACAUCUUUUUGAAGGGCAGCGGUGUCGGGCGGAAUUUGUUGAAGGGCUCCGUUACAUUGUCAGGCCAAAGGAGACACUGGCCUCAUUUAAGUGUGCAGACCAGAUGUAAUCUCUUUGAGAUUUUUUUGGAGUGAUUGUCGUAAGGAAAAUAUUAUUUUAUAAUAACAAGCCAAUCAAAACAAAACAAAAGAUCACAAGUAGUGACAGAGGACUUAACUCAAAAACAAGGAAACGGCAUUGAACUCUGAGAAACGCGUUCGACCAAUAGGCAGUUGGUUUUGCGUAAGUUUGCUGGACCAAUCACCAUUCAAAGUAAUACAAAGCUGAUACAACCCGGUUUAUUUUCGACAGUCAACUAAAAAAUAACUUCAUUAUUAAAACUUAUUGUGAUAAAAACUUGUCCCCUCAGAUAUCAAGAUGUUCAUAAUCAGGCGUAUAUUAUGGUGAUGGCCAGCGGUAGGUGGCUCGGUACACGUUUGGAUUGUCUCGCUUCCUUGUUAGUCGGUGCAGUUGCUCUGGCUGCAAUCUUGGUAUCUCAAGAUGCCGGUAAGCUCAAGAUUCUUACUAACAUUUUUGAGUCUUUCUAUGUAAAGUAAGAAUCUACACAGUCGUGUAUUAACACAGCAGGAACAACUGAAUAAUAAAAUAAGUGUGACUAUACGUGCUCUCUCAUGAACGGGUGGUUUCUAAACACGACAGAAACGUGAGAGUCAACUCGGGUGUCUUACGUGCAGAGCAAAAUUUCAAGUGUCUUCUAUGAUUCAAAACAGGAAAAUUGUGUUGAUAACUCCUCUGCACCUACGAAGCUUGGAGUCAAAACAACGAUACUGAGAAAGAUGUAAAAAAGACGCUUUAUUUAUUCCUUCCCAUUAAGUGACUGCCUGGACUAGGCUAGGUAACCUAGCUUUGUAAAGCUUUCGUUAUAUAUUUUGAGCUAUCGAGAGAAAACAAGUCCGGAAUUUAUAGACUCAAGUUCUAAUUUUUCUUUUCAGCUUACGCUGGUCUCGCUCUUGUUUACGUCAUCCGAA